GCUUCGCUUCCGCACUGGGCGGCCGUCCUGGAAGUGGAUUGGGCCGCGGGAUUUCAACGUCAUCUGGGAGGCGUGGCCAGCACUAAUAAAGGCGGGGGCCGGCGCGGUAGCUGCAGUGAGUGCCACAGCUGCUAGAGUUCGGGUGGUCAGCUGUGGGCGGAGCUCGGCAGUUCCGUCCACUCCAGCCGCAGCGUCGCCCAGCCGGUGUCUCGCCGCAGCCUCCGGAGAGGAAACGGACCCCCCACUCCCUCUGUCAGAAAAAUGUCUGCUCCAGCUCAGCCACCUGCUGAAGGGACAGAAGGGACUGCCCCAGGUGGGGGUCCCCCCGGCCCUCCUCCUAACACGACCAGUAACAGACGACUACAGCAAACCCAGGCACAAGUGGAGGAGGUGGUGGACAUCAUACGUGUGAAUGUGGACAAGGUCCUGGAGAGGGACCAGAAGCUGUCAGAGCUGGAUGACCGAGCUGAUGCCUUGCAGGCGGGAGCGUCACAAUUUGAGAGCAGUGCUGCCAAACUAAAGCGGAAGUAUUGGUGGAAAAACUGCAAGAUGAUGAUCAUGCUGGGAGCUAUCUGUGCCAUCAUCGUGGUAGUUAUUGUAAGUAAGUAUCGCUGAGGUUGCUGGUGGGGUGAAGAGGUGGGAAGGUCCCGGAGUCUUCUCCCAGCCCUGCCUGCCUGCCUGCCUGGGGAGUGGGGCUGCUCUGACUGAGGUAUGGAGACCGCUGCCGUGGGAUCGUCACCUGGUCCAGGAGGGGGAUGGGCAAAGGCAAGGGGCUUCCUUGAUGGACAAGCUGUCCCCCUGCAAGGGGUUGCGUGGAGAUGGUCCCUCCUGUUCUGAGGAAGUGGGGCUGUGCUGUUUAUCACUGGCUUGGGUCAGAGGGAGAUGGGGAUGGGGCACCUACAAUGGAAAGACCUGAAUGUCUGGUAACUUGAUGUAAUUUGCCCUCUUGUUUUCUCCUGUCUCUUUCUCUUUUCCAUCUGGGACUUCCUGGUUCCUGUGUCCAGUCUACUUUUUUACUUGAGAAUGUGCCACCCCUUCCUUGUUCUCCAUUGCUACCCAAACUCAUGUCCUUCUCUCUUUGUCUGUUCUCUCAACAAACUUCUGCAUCUGCCUUCCUCCAUCCCAGCCCAGGCUUCUCCGUCAUCCAUGCUUCCUUUUUUGUUGCAUUCUUUUGCACUACGUCCCUCGACACUAGAAAUGCUGCUCGUGGCACAGUCUUGAAGUCACUACCCGAAGAGCAACAGCUGGUGCCUCCUCCCCGCCCCCUUCUUAUGUACUGUCAGGUUCCCCCAGAGCCCAAAAGAGUUGGAGGCCAAGGGAAGGGGAAGGGAAGUGGCUGAGGUGAAAUGCCCAAGAAGCUGCCCAGACUGGAGGAGGAGAGGGUAUGGUGCCCCUGGUGUCUCCUAGAAAGGCCCGGGCGCUGGAGGAGACCGAACAGCUGGGAAGAUGGUGGCUCACUCAGUGCCACCCUGGCCAUGUGGAGCUUUUCUCCUAGGCCAGGCCUGAGGAAGCUCAAAGUCCAGCCUGGCCUUGGUGCAACACCCUUUUAGAAAGUGAAACCUGUUUUUUGCAAGUAUUUCUAAUCUAUUAGUCUAAGAUUUUCUAUGUCUUUGGGGAUCUUACAACUUUUUACUCUGUUCUCCAUAGACCUGGAGAACAAACUCUUAUGGAUUGUGAAAAGACUGGGACUCUUGUUUCCAUCCUAGAAGCAGUCCCAUAUGCCUCUAAUAGGAAGGAGCUGUCUGUUCUUCAUGUUUUCUGCUGCAUUCUGUUUUGUUCAUGAGGGUACCAAAUAAUUUUAUCUAGCCAAUGUUUUAUCUAGACAAAUAAUUUCAUGUAGCUCUCAGUUAAUUGUUGGUGUAAAUAGAGAGAAUGCCUGUUAGUUAUAGAGAAACAGUCAGUCAAGGGCCUAAUUUGAAAAUAACAAGCUCAGAGGAAGCCACUCUUGCCCUCUGAUUAAGCAGGGUCCCAUUCCUUCCUUCCUACUGAUAAGGAAACAUGAAGAUGUUAGACGUGAGGAUCUUCCAAAUAACCCCAUGAGUAUGGGGGAAAAAAAGUGAGGAUCCAUGGACUCCCGUGAAAUCCUUUCCUACACCAUUCCCAUGUACUUGCUGAAGACAGGGAUGAGGCGAGAGGUUCUUCCCCAGGCCUGGCCCAUCCUGAGGAUUUAGAGAAGUCCAGUAGACCCACCAACUCCACCUUGGGGGGAGGCAUGCCAGUCUGCAGUAGGUGUGCUUGUGCAUUGCUGUGCUACUGUGGGGCCCUCUUGUCUAGAGCUGCCUCUCUGUUCUUCCUGUGGUAUGUUCCCCUUCGAACUACCCUUACCCAUCUGAAUUCUACUUUGCCUCCUUUGUUUCCCUCUUCUUUGCGUGGUUUGUGCGGAAAAAGACAGUGGAACGUGAGGAUGGGAGCUGCUCAGUGCACCUUGGGGGCUGAGCUUCAGACCCAGGUGCCAGGGGAGGAGGCAGGCUGGGAGCAAAGGCGGAAAUACCCACGCCCUGUAUUCCAUCCUCGGUUCACAAGCAGGAAGAGGCUGAGGCCACACUGGGCUGGGGCUGGACGCCCACUCUCCAUGCAGCAGCAUUUCACUGUGCAAACCCAUCCUGCCUUUCCCUUUGCCCCUGUUUCCCACAUCCCCUUCGUCCUGCCCCAGGGCAGGACUGAAGAGCUGGAAGAAAGCAGUCAGUGUACCCUCCCAACCGUCCCCCUCGAAGGUCUCCACUCUCCUCUGGGCUCCUCUUUGCCUAAUGCAGGGGGUCACCGCUGGAGAAGAACCACCACUGUCCUCGAUAUGUCCCAAGCCUGGAGCAAAUCCACCCUCUUGGCCCACCCAGCCCUAUCAUGGGAAUUAUUCCCUGGGUUUUUGUCCCUCUGAGGCUCACCAGAUAUAGUCGGCUUUGUCCUUUUGUGGGGUGUUAGCCCUUCUACUUUCUUUCUCACCCCACCCUGUGUCCUCUUCUGUGUCCUUGCUACCCCUCCCUUCCCUCCCACUGCCCCUGUGCACGAGCAAAUAUGCAACUAGCCCCGGGACUUUGCAGUCAAAUGAAGCCGAGCUUCCCACAUCCCUCCUUUCAGUUUGCCGUGAGAUGAUGUGGGGUUUCCCCUGUGUGUCUGUCAUCGCCUCUUUGUCUUUUUUUCCUAACCCCAAUCUCAUACUUGUAUAGAGUAAUAACAGUUGUACUUCUACCAAAGGCAUGUGGCAUAUUUACCAAUUUCAUGUAUUCUGAACAAAGGCAAAAAAUACAAAUUCCUAUCA